AUGCAAGUAAGAACCAUUGACAAUUAAAUUGUUACUAUCAACAUCGAGGCAUUUCUCAAAUAUAGUGAGCUUUUUCGAUUUGUUUAUGAGUGUGAAUAAACAAACGAUGUGAUAGAUAUGGAAAUUUAAAGUGGCAUCUUGCUCAAAAUUGAUCAGUUUUUAACUCAAAUGUUGCCAGAAAACCCAUCGGUUAUUCCAAAACCAAUUCCAAGUACUGAUUUAGAUUCCUUUCUUAAUCCUAUAGAAUCAAAUUUCAUUAAAUCCUUAUAAAUAUACAACAUCGAAAGGUAGUUGAUAAGGAAGGCUGCUGAUUAUUUAGGAAUUGAUAUGCUAAUUAAUUUAAUGUAAGUAUCCUUUGCUAUUCUAUUUAUUGGAUUAACUCCUCAAUAAUUUAUUGAAAAAUACUAAUUGAAAGUUAACUAUACAUAGGAAUUAUAAAAUAAUGUUGAUUAAAUAUUUGAAAAAAUCAUCAUACAUUGA